AUGGCUUCGGAAUCACCCCAGGUGGAGACUACACCACCACAGGCCAGCCCCAGUGAUCUGAACGGUACUCCGGCUACUGAGACGGCAAAGAGGAGAGCGGAACAGAGUAACGGAACACACGCGCGCGAAGCGGAAUCGCUACAUCUCCAUCGCAUGGCCGAUAUGCGCCAAAUUGCUGUAAUAACAACUUCAAAGAUUCAGAAGUUCCGUUCGAUGAAUUCUCAGAUCACAACUCUGCAGGACCAAGUCAACAAUCUUUUUAACAGUCUCAAUGAUUUGAGGACCCAGAAACCCGCCUUUGAGUCUCCAGCCUUUGAUCUAUCUCGUGAUGGUGCGCAAUCGAGUUUUCCCUCCAUGCCGAAGGCACGAGCUCGUCAUCCACCCUUCCACGGCCCAACAAGCUCUGCCUUCAACUUUGAUGUCGCCAAGUCCAGUCUACAAAUUAUGGGUAUCCACCAUCCAGAGUACGGCAUGCCAGAUGACUUAACGACUGCUAAUGUUACACCCUCUGGUUCACCUCCUAUUAGCUUCCUCAGUCAUUCGAUCCAAACACAUCCAACCAAGGAUCCGAUUUGGACUAUUCGACGGGAAGAAGCCUUUCGUCUGUGUAAGGUCUAUGAGGAAGAGAUUGGAAUUAUGUAUCCGAUUGUGGACAUCACGGCUGUCGCUAGCCAGGCUAACCUCCUGUAUACAUUUAUGGAAGCUGCUACGCGAACUGGGUUUGCGCAGAAUACUCUUCCUGGCGCUGACAGCCUCAAUGAUGACAGUUCAGUUCUUUUGAAACUAAUUCUUGCCACUACUCUGGUCGUGGAGGGAGGUGGUCAGAGUAAACUUGGUGACCGAUUAUUUUCAUCGGUCAAGCCUGUGAUCGAAUCCAAGCUGUGGGAGUCACAGAGCCUCAGAAACGUUCAGCUGUUUGCCGCUGUGGCUACGUAUCAUUAUCAUAUCGAUGAUGACGUGAUGGCGUACAGAUUGAUUGGCUUAGCUGCACGGAUGUGCCUGGAACUCGGACUUCACCGACGAGAUGCUCUUGUCAAGCUAUUCCCGAACGAAAGCCAAUGGAAAGAAAUUUCUCGGAUUUUCUGGGCUGUUUACAGCCUAGAGAGGCGAUGUGCCUUGGGCUCUGGCUUGCCCUUCGUUCUACAGGAUGAAGAUAUUGAUCCAAACCUACCCGAACUAGACGAAAAUGGCUAUUUGGAUUAUCAGAUUCUGCAGUGGUAUAAACAGAUUCCGCACGAGCUGAAGUUUUUCUCCGUGGAGACCCUGAUAAAUGGAGACACCGUAAGUCGAGGAAUGAAGCGUCUUAGAGUUCUGCUGUAUCUGCGCAUGAACCAUUUGCGAACUCUGAUCUAUCGUCCCGUUCUGCAUUCUGCUACGAAAAUUGUCGAACAACAAAGUCAGGCUCAGACAGUGGUAGAUAUUGCCAAGGACACAGUGAGAGUCCUGACUCGUCUGAACCAGAUGUCUGACAUUUACCGCACCCAACAAAUUCUCUUCAACCACUUCCUCGUCACAGCUCUGGGUGUGCUCUUCCUGGCAGUAUGCCAUGCGCCGACUGAUUACAACAGGCAAGUACGCGACGAGUUUUACAUGGCGCUGGACUUGAUUAAUGGAUUUAGUACCAAGUCGUACGUUUCCAAACGACUGUGGAAGACCAUAAAGGGUCUCCGUAAGACUGGGGAGAAAUUGGGUGUAUUAACGAGACAAUCUGGCACCGAUUCCAAUGACCCUCAUUCAACUGCCGCUGUGGCGAUGGCAGGUCUCGCAGGACACUCCAUCGAUGACCUUUCUAUGUACGGGUCGAUGAAUGAAGGAAUUGAACUUGGAAAUAGUCCACUGAACGGGCUCCAGAUGAGCCAUGAGUUGACAAAUUUGUUCGAAGCAGUUGGUUCAUUUGGUAACUUGACGCCCAGUGGCACUGAUGGCAUAAAUGGUUUUAUCGAUGGAGAGAUACAGAACACUGGUGAAGGCUUAUCAGGGAUCUUGGGCGGCGAGGAGGAGUUUUCCCGUAUAAUACGAAAUAUGUUCUAA